AUGGCCGGACCAGACCAGCCAGAUGCCGCCGAGGCCCUCAGAGAUCGACUUGAAAAUAUCGAACUGCAGCAGAAUGAAGUCCACAUCCCUCGCCCAGCAUUGCGCCGCUUGCCAGCCUCGACGCCCUCGCUAAGGCUUGGGCAGCGGCGAUCAACCGACGGCCGACAUUCUGCGGCGCAUGGGAGACCAAGCCUUGGACUUCCUAGACAUUCAUCCCACCUUGCUCCCGAAACACCAACAUCCCCCUUAUCACCAGCCUCGCCAUCGGCAACGCGUGUGCGUUUCAGUCUCGAUAUUCCUGACGACGAUCUCCCGAGGUCUGGGCGUCCCAGUCUGUCGCGCCCGAGCUUACAACUUCCGUCCCAACUAUAUACAAUCAACUCUAAUAUCGACCUCCCGUCUUCUUCUUUAAAACCAUCACAACCGGGCCGGCCAAGCUUGGAACCUCGACACAGCGCAGCGAACAGCACCCGCUCUCGUUUAUCUUUAACUUUACCACGACAACGCUACGAUGAGGCGUACGGCGAUGCAAGCAGUGCUAUGGCCACGGAAGAGGAGACCAAGAUCACUCUUGACACCUACAAGGACUGGAUUGGAAGACAGAAGGAGAGACAAAAGAGGUUGACAAGCGAUCCGUUGAAUAGGAUAAAGGCUGGUGCCGAGAAUGCCUACCAGAAAUACAUUGUUGAAGGCCUUCUGCGACAAAGGCCAAUACCCCCAAGUAAAGAUGGAAGGCACAUACCGCUGAAACCUGGUUUGGUACGACAGAUACCGUUGAACGACGAGCGGACGGGUCAGCCUUACGUCUCCAACUUUAUCCGUUCCAGCAGAUAUACCCUCUAUGACUUCUUGCCGAAGCAAUUACUUUUUCAGUUCGGCAAGCUCGCCAACUUCUAUUUCCUUGUCAUCGGUAUCCUACAGAUGGUUCCUGGAUUGAGCACAACCGGAACGUACACGACAAUAGCCCCGCUUAUAGUUUUUGUGUGCAUUAGUAUGGCAAAAGAAGGUUAUGACGACUACCGCCGUUACAGACUCGAUAAACUGGAGAACAGGAGUGCCACGUUUGUGCUGGAUCCCAAUGGCACCGUCAGCACCAGAGUACGAGGGAGGAAACGGGGGAUGCUCAUGGAAAUGGUCAAGGGCAAAAAGUCGGCUGAGGGUGGUGCUGCUACGGAACUAGCUGGUUUGGAAAGGGUGACCACAGCUGAAGUCGACCAGAGCGAGGGAGAGGGCGGAGGUGAGCCUUGGGCACGAAUCGAAUGGCAGGACAUCAGAGUCGGCGACAUUGUUCAGCUGCAGAGAGAUGAAAACGUGCCCGCCGACAUGGUGCUUCUCCAUGCCACUGGCCCGAACGGAGUCGCAUAUAUCGAGACUAUGGCGUUGGAUGGCGAGACAAAUCUCAAGAGCAAACAGGCCUGUCCUUUGUUGCUCAACCACUGCUCCUCUAUCAACGCCAUGGCCCACUGCGAUGCUACAGUCGUCUCUGAGGACCCGAAUCUCGACCUCUACAACUACGAAGGCCGAGUGACGGUAAACGGAGAGACGAUGCCCUUGACCUCCAAUCAGAUCGUGUACAGAGGAUCAACCCUCCGGAAUACGACCCAAGCGAUUGGAAUCGUUGUCAACACUGGCGAGGAGUGCAAGAUUCGGAUGAAUGCGCACAAGAAUGUUCGAACCAAGGCACCCGAGAUGCAGUUCAUGGUCAACCGAAUUGUCAUGCUUCUCGUGGUCUUCGUCGUUGCACUUGCUGUUGGAUGUACUGGUGGCUAUACCAUGUGGCAUCGCAGCAAUGAAAAGAAGGCUUGGUAUCUCAUCCAGCAAAAGGUCCCAAUCAAGGAAAUUGUCAUUGGCUUCAUUAUCGCUUUCAACACUCUGAUUCCCCUGUCACUCUAUGUCAGUCUUGAAAUCAUCAAGCUUGGGCAACUUUACCUACUGACGGAUGUCGAGAUGUAUGAUCCCAAAACAGACACGGCAAUGAGCGCCAACACCACGACGAUUUUGGAAAACCUCGGUCAGGUUAGCUAUGUGUUUUCGGACAAGACAGGUACCCUGACUGAGAACCUCAUGAGGUUCCGGAAGAUCAGUGUGGGAGGAGCGGCGUUUCUUCAUGAUAUGGAUAUACGGAGAGAUGCAGAGAAGGCAAACCAAGAGCAACUCGCCCAGGAUCUGCCGAAAAGGAGCCUUUCGAUCUCAGCGAAACCGCGGCCCUCUAAUGUCGAGGCCUCCUUGGAACCACUUGCAGAAGAGUCGAGCAACGAGCCUAUUGUCGCCAACCAAUCUGCGUGGCACUCGAGCGCUGGUGUGAAACAUGGACAGCGGGAACCGAAUACCGAGGAGUUGAUUCGCUAUCUUCAGCAGAGGCCUAACACGCCUUUCUCCCGUACCGCUAAGCACUUCAUACUCUGCAUUGCGCUUUGCCACACCUGUCUCCCCGAGACCAAGGAGGAUGGCGAAAUGACUUUCCAGGCCGCCUCUCCUGACGAGUUGGCGCUGGUGGAAGGAGCUAGGGACUUGGGCUACUUGGUGAUCGACCGUCCCUCACAGGCCAUCAGGCUUCAAACUCGCGAUGCGGACGGCAACCCUGUUACUGAGACAUAUGAGGUUCUAGACGUCAUCGAGUUCAGUAGCAAGCGGAAGCGCAUGUCCAUUGUCAUUCGCAUGCCUGACGGGUCUACCUGUAUCUUCACCAAGGGUGCUGAUAGCAUGAUUCUGCCUCGCCUCAAGCAGAGCAAUCUGGCUAUCCAGACUGCUGGAAAGAUCGGGCAGAUGGCCAGCAUGCGUAAGAGUAUGGAACAGGAGAAGGCUCUGCGUCGGCUUAGUCUCCACAGUAUCAAGCGUGACAGCAUGAACCUUGUCCGGGCUUCCCGUGCUUCGAUGGACCACCGAAGGGUUAAGGGCAGUCAGCGCCGGUCUACGUUCUUUACGGAUGAGGUUGAUUCUUGGCUAGUACGUCGUGAGACUGACGAGUUUGAUGAUUCCAACCCACCCCCGCGUCGCUCGAUGCAGCGUGGCCGGUCGUUUGAAGUCGGUCGUCCCCAUGAUCCGCUCGACGGAAUGGUUGACGAACAUUUGGCUCUGAACGAGGCCGCCGUGUUUGAACGCUGCUUCAAGCACAUUGAUGACUUCGCCUCUGAAGGUCUGCGAACCCUCGUUUUUGCCUACCGCUAUCUGGAUGGUGAGGAGUACAGGAAGUGGAAGACGAUUUAUCAUGAAGCCACUACCAGCCUGGUUAACCGCCAAGAGCGCAUCGAGGCGGCUGCUGAGAUCAUCGAACAGAACUUUGACCUUGCUGGAGCUACCGCCAUUGAGGACAAGCUGCAGCACGGUGUACCCGAGACCAUCGACAAGUUCCGCCGUGCUAACAUCAAGAUCUGGAUGCUUACGGGUGACAAGCGUGAGACUGCCAUCAACAUCGCUCACUCAGCUAGAAUCUGCAAGUCCUUCUCGGAGGUCUACAUCCUGGACGCGACUCAAGACGAUCUUCAGGAGAGACUUGCCUCAACUCUGAUAGAUGUGGGUCGUGGCAUGGUUCCUCACUCGGUUGUUGUUAUUGAUGGUCACACUCUAAGUGUCGUGGAGGAGGACGAGUCCCUCCGCGUUUUGUUCUUCGACCUUGUUGUUAGAGUCGACUCGGUCAUCUGCUGUCGCGCAUCCCCAUCGCAGAAGGCCACGCUUGUCCAGAGCAUCCGUCAGCAAGUUCCCAAGGCUGUCACUCUUGCCAUUGGUGAUGGUGCCAAUGAUAUUGCCAUGAUCCAAGCUUCGCACGUUGGCAUCGGGAUUUCCGGAAGAGAGGGUCUCCAGGCUGCUCGAAUUUCGGAUUUUUCCAUCAGUCAGUUCCGGUUCUUGCAACGCCUACUCUUUGUUCACGGUCGCUGGAAUUAUAUCAGGACUGGCAAGUAUAUCCUUGGUACCUUCUGGAAGGAGAUUGUCUUCUACCUAGUACAGGCGCAGUUCCAACGUUACAACGGUUAUACGGGUACUUCUCUGUUCGAGUCUACCAGCUUGACUGUCUUCAACACCCUGUUUACCUCGCUCCCGGUUAUUCUCUUUGGUAUCUUCGAGAAGGAUCUUGAAGCCGACACACUGAUGGCAAUACCCGAACUCUACACAUACGGACAGAAGGAGAAAGCCUUCAACGUCAAGCUGUACAUUGGUUGGAUGUUCAUGGCCGUCUCAGAGUCAGUGCUAAUUUUCAGCAUUGUCUGGUAUGUCUAUGGUAUUACCCUGCCGUCCGAGAAUGCCGCUCUCUAUCCCGUCGGUACCCUGGCCUUUACCAUUUGCGUCAUUUUCAUCAACAUUAAAAUGCUUGUCCUCGAACUCCACAACCGCAUCGCUAUCUGUUUCGCCGGUCUCUUCAUCUCCGUCUUUGGCUGGUUCCUUUGGAAUCUCCUCCUCAGCGGCAUCUUCUCGGCCAAGAUGAGUCCGUACCUUGUCAGAGACGGUUUCAUCAGGGGUUUCGGCCAGCACGCGCCCUGGUGGGUCGUCUGCAUCAUCGCGCUGUCUGCCCUUCUUAUCUUUGAGGUAGCCAUCAGCGCAGUGCGCAGAUCUUUAUGGCCUACCGAUCAAGACCUGAUGAAGGAGAUUGAGCACAUUGAUGGUGUCCUGGAAGUCAUGAAAGAACAUGCCGCCGAGCGUGGAGAAGCCGGUCUGCCCGCGGCGGAUGUGACGGCCGCGGAGGCUGGUAGCAUGAGGCACAAGAACAGCUAUGGCGACUUCACCGGCGCCAGUAUGACCCCGGCCGCCGCAGGAAGUAGCAGCAGCAGACCUCUGAUGCCCGAAGGUCGCCCGAGCCAUGCUUACACGCGUCCCAACUUUGACUCCCCGGCGGAGGAGCUGGAGGACCCGGUAGAGGACGUCGUCAGACCUAAGAGCAAGGCGGCGGGGGAGGUGGAGGAGCCAAAGGGCAGCAUGAAGGGGAAGACUCCUAGAAAGUCGGCAUUAAGAACGAACAUUGACGUGGGUGUGACCACAAGGUUUCUAGGGGAGGGGAGUGCCAAUACGCCGAUUGCUAGCGGGUCAGCAAUGGAAGCGGGUGAGCCGUACUUUGUCACGAGCCCGAUCGAGAUGCCGGAGAUGCAUUCUCCUGUGGUGUCAAUGGCGGCAGCGGGUACGGCGGACACCGGUGUUGAAUCAGAGGAAGCGGGAGAAGGCGGUGCAGUGGAGAGGCAAUUGACCGGGACGACUGUUAAUCAGGAAGAGGGACAGCCGCCGGUGACGAGGCAGUUGUUGUGAUGAGCAAAGAUGGAAGAAGCUAACGAUGACAUGGGUGAAGUGAGAGGAAUCAUGAU